AUGUCUGACCUGACGGAUGGUCUCCAGGAGCUUUUGGAGAGACACAGAAAUACCUGCAUUUCAGAGAAUGCGAUGGCACUCUGUUCGCGCGAUGAAGACGCCGAGCUUAUGCGAGUGAAACUUGGGGAGCUGCUCAAUUACAUUGAAGAUCUCAAGGACGAGAUUCUGCAGCUGAAAAGCAAAAAGAAAAGCUCGAAAGCUGCAAGGUCAGACGCAUCCGCCCCUGUUGUCAUGCUAAAUCAGAGAAUUAUAGAAGUGCACGCGAGAAUGUACACUGAGAUGUACAGUCUAUGGAUCAUGACCACCGCACUCAGCACUCCUAUCCAGAACUUCGACCCCAGCUGCAAUUUGUUCAGACCCAGUCGCUUUGCCGAGGAAGCUCUGCAAGCCGAGACAGAACAAAUUCAUCUGUUAUUUCACCGUAUGCCUGCUGAUGCCAACGGCAGCAAUGAGAAGCGAAAUUCGAUUAUGGCCCUCAUUGGUCAAUCACCUGCCUUCGAGGAACUGUUCACGACCACGGCUAACAGUCAUUGCUAUAGCUGGAACAACAAGAUAGGAAAGGCAAUGCUUUCGAUGCCGAUUGAAGGUAUCUGCAAAGAGGCUUGGACGGAUCAGAAUAAGAUGGCCAAUGAUCCCAUUGCACAAUGGCUGCGUGGAGACAUAAACAACGAUUUCUCCCCAGUCUUAUUCCAUUCUGAUCGUAUUAGUGAGGUAGAUGGAUUAUUCAAUAGCGAUGCACUGGCUAAGUGGGCAAGGUUCUCCACUUUUGGACAGACCUCAAUUUCUCGUAGUUCUGCCGGUAAUGCUGGGGCUUUAAAAUGGGGCUGGAACUGGAUUACGCCACAAUAUAUAGCAUCCAUUGCCGUACUAACAACUGUCUUCCAGGGCGUGCCUGGUGCAGAUGCGCAUCUACCACCACAAUCAGAUGGGCGCAGUUCUCCUGACCUCGAGGAGAAUUCCAGAUUUGGCGGAAACUCUGAAUUUUGUCGCAACUACAAUCGAAGGUCCGAGCCCAGCUCUAGCCCCAUCUUCCCAUGUGACUGCGACCCCAGCUUUUCAUAUGUCUCCGAGUCCGGCUUCCUAUCCACGCUCACUUACACCCUUAUCAGCCAUGUCGACGAUCAGCCAGAAUGUGCCUCAAGUCUGGAUGGAGACGAGGAUGGAGAUGACCCCAGCAUGGCUGGCCAUGUCGAGCCUGGUGCACCAUUACCCGAGCAUGCCACUCUGGCCGAGGAACGUGCAGCUGUGCAGAUCAGGCCUCAAGUACCCACCGCUCUACAUGCCAGUCCCGCAGCAUCACAGAGGCCCAGGCGGUCACUGAUGCAAAUGAUGGUGGGGUAG